AGUGUGAAAGACCACACAGAAGCUAUGGAGUUGCUUUUUGUGCUUGACCAAGUGCAUAGAUAGAAGACAGGGAUUCCCGGCUGGGAGGAGGGAGGAGAGCUGAAGACCCCUGCCUGGGCUGGCUGAUCUAAGCGGCCCAAGUGGGAAGCUGAGUGCUUGAAAGAGGAUUAUACUCGCACUAGAAAUAAGCAGUAAGUGAGCGAAUAACCAUGAUGGCUUAGAAAAGGCUUAAUCCCCAUGGGGUUAUGGGGUGAGCCAGAAAGUAUUGCUUAACUCUAGAGUAAAACUGGAAAGCUUCUGACUGUGUACAGUUGUCUGCUCUUUGGAGACUAGGAGCUUAAGUACAAACCCAGAGCUGUAAAUGCCUCCUCCCACUCUUGGAAAAUGCCAACUUCUGUUUACAGUAGUUGGGAAUAUAAUCUCCUUCCCUGAUCUAGCCUCUUUCUGGGGAAAUUUAGUACUAAACCAGAUAAGGAGUUGUGACUAAACUGGAGAAGUAGAAUCUGUACUGGCAGGAAGGCAAUCUUGAAUUAUGUUCUGUGAAUGCCAACAUUGUUAUAUCUAUUAGUAGUGAUUUGCUAAUCACAAGAUAGUCUGGGGUGGGACAUUAAAAGGAAAGUUGAAAACUUUUUUGACAGAGAAGCUGAGUAGUCCAUAUGCAUAAGAUGAAAUAUAAAAAUGUGUAUAAUUAAUAAUAGAUGGAGGGGGUUUUUGAGCAUUAAACUAGAACAUCAGUCAGGGAACAUGGCAGUACUUGGAUAAACAUUAGCUAGAAAAGAAGAAAUUUUAGUUUCAAUGAUUUCACAACGUUUACAAAGUCAAAUCAAUGAUCCGCGGAUACUUUGGUUAGUGUGGCGCAUUAUAUAUACCAUUGCUGGGCAAGAUCUGUGGUUCUCUGGUCAGCAAGUUCUGGCAAUGAAGCCACUGCGGCUGGUGCAAAGAAUUCUGGGAUGUCUGACAGUGAAAUGGAUGGAAAGACACCUAUUCCAUCUCUACUUAAUAUCCUUUUAUCCAGAAAUUGGGUCAUGCAAAUAAGCUACUUGAAAAGUAAAGAAAAAGGAUAUGGAAAAUUAAGCAGUGACGAAGACCUGGAAAUAAUUGUCGAUCAAAAGCAGGUAGUAGGUGUAACCUUGAAGAAAAAGUGGCACUGUCUUCAAAAAAGUGACCUGACCCUGGCUUUGGGAAAAGGCUCUAGGGCGGCAGAUAAGGCUGUUGCCAUGGUGAUGAAGGAGAUACCGAGGGAGGAGUCUGCUGAAGAAAAGCCCCUCCUUACUAUGACAUCACAGCUGGUGAAUGAACAGCAAGAAAGCAGACCCCUCCUGAGUCCCUCCAUCGAUGACUUUCUCUGUGAAACCAAAUCGGAGGCAAUAGCAAGGCCAGUAACGUCCAACACAGCCGUAUUGACUACAGGCUUAGAUCUCCUUGACUUGAGUGAACCCGUCUCUCAAACCCAAACCAAAGCCAAGAAGUUGGAGGCCUCAUCAAAAACCUCAUCCCUCAAGAAAAAGGCUGAUGGGUCUGACCUCAUCAGUGCAGAUGCUGAGCAGAGAGGCCAGGCUCUCCGAGGCUCAGAGACAGCAUCCUUAGACUUAAACAUUCAAACACAACUGGAAAAAUGGGAUGAUGUUAAGUUUCAUGGAGAUCGAAAUAGCAAGGGGCAUCCCAUGGCAGAGAGAAAAUCAAGCUCAUCUAGAACUGGGUCAAAAGAACUUUUAUGGUCUUCAGAGCACAGAUCUCAGCCAGAACUGAGUGGUGGGAAAAGCGCCUUGAACUCUGAGUCAGCUUCGGAGCUGGAAUUAGUGCCUCCAACACAGGCUCGACUGACCAAAGAGCAGCGCUGGGGGAGCGCCUUGCUUUCCAGAAACCAUUCCUUAGAAGAAGAAUUUGAAAGAGCGAAAGCAGCUGUGGAGUCAGAUACAGAGUUUUGGGAUAAGAUGCAAGCAGAAUGGGAAGAAAUGGCCCGGAGGAACUGGAUAUCGGAGAACCAGGAAGCCCAGAACCAGGUUACAAUCUCAGCCAGUGAGAAGGGUUAUUACUUUCAUACUGAAAACCCCUUCAAAGACUGGCCUGGAGCAUUUGAAGAAGGCUUAAAAAGGCUGAAGGAAGGGGACCUGCCAGUCACCAUCCUGUUCAUGGAGGCAGCAAUUCUUCAGGACCCUGGAGAUGCAGAGGCAUGGCAGUUCCUCGGGAUAACCCAGGCAGAGAAUGAAAAUGAACAAGCAGCUAUUGUUGCCCUCCAGAGGUGCUUAGAACUGCAGCCCAACAACUUGAAAGCUCUGAUGGCUUUGGCUGUGAGUUACACUAACACCGGCCAUCAGCAAGAUGCUUGUGAAGCUUUAAAGAACUGGAUUAAGCAGAAUCCAAAGUACAAAUACCUUGUGAAGAGCAAGAAGGGAUCUCCAGGCCUCACCCGGCGGAUGUCUAAGUCUCCAGUUGAUAGCUCUGUUCUGGAAGGAGUAAAGGAAUUAUACCUGGAAGCUGCCCACCAAAAUGGAGAUGUGAUCGACCCAGAUCUGCAGACAGGCUUGGGGGUGCUGUUCCACCUGAGUGGAGAAUUUAAUAGAGCAAUAGACGCAUUUAAUGCUGCCUUAACUGUUCGACCAGAGGACUAUUCAUUAUGGAACCGUCUUGGGGCAACCUUGGCAAAUGGAGACCGCAGUGAGGAGGCUGUGGAGGCCUACACACGAGCACUGGAGAUUCAGCCAGGCUUCAUCCGGUCCAGAUACAACCUGGGGAUAAGCUGCAUCAACCUGGGCGCCUACAGAGAAGCGGUCAGCAAUUUUCUCACUGCCCUCAGUUUGCAAAGAAAGAGCAGGAAUCAGCAGCAAGUCCCUCAUCCUGCCAUCUCUGGGAAUAUCUGGGCUGCCCUUAGAAUUGCCCUUUCUCUGAUGGACCAGCCGGAACUCUUCCAGGCGGCUAAUCUCGGUGAUCUGGAUGUCCUCCUAAGAGCUUUCAACUUGGAUCCUUGAAGGAAAAGGGGAAAAAAAAUCCUUCAUCUAUGUAAUUGUACUGAGAAAUGCAAAACUAUUUUAUUAUGAAUUCCAAAAAAAGGAUAAAAACGGAUGUUCAAAAGGCCAUGGUGAUAUAACCCAAGGGAAUUCCCACAGACAAUGCCCAGUCUCUGUUCAAAUACAAAAAGCACAAAACAUUGCAUAGAGUCAAGUUUGGGCUCGAAAGAACAGAGAGACACAAGACAAAACCAAGAUAAAGUGACCAUGUUUGAAUACGCUUCAUAAGUCGUGAGCACACUGCAAGUAUGUUCCUGGGGUUUUUCCAAGUGUCCACUUGCAGCUGAUGGACAUCAGCUUGCACAUCUAAGGAACUUGCUCAUGGGGCACCUGGAGAAAGCAGUGCCUUGGAUCAGGAAAUUCUGUUUCUGAACUGUCCUCUGAAAUUCCCCCCUUUUACCAGGUUGAAUAUAGUUUGGGCCAAGGUGCAUGCACAUAUAUUAACUCUUGACUGAAAAGAGGCAUUGCUUAAACACGUUCCAAUUUUAACUUUUAUUGUAGCCCUUUGAUUUCAGAGAGGGAGCUUUGCUGGCAAAAGCAGUUUUUGCACUAGAAAUUUUUGCUCUUCCCAAUCAAAACUUUUCUGGGAUUGUAUAUAUGCACUUUACUAUCUUAUUUAUGCCUUGCUGGAGUUUUGUUUUGUUGCUCCAAUUUUUAACUUGGGGGUGAAAGACUUGCGAACUCAGCCUUGUUAGAUCAACGGACCAAAUAAAAAUUCCUGAAAAUAGUUUUUCAUAGUGUAGGGUUUUGAAGGCGUGUUUUUUCUUAAAGCAGAUAAGACAUAGGUGUAAAUAUGUCAAACACAGAUCUUAUUCACAUGCUUUUCUGGGACUCUGUAUGAACUUAAGCAAAAGAUAAGAUAGCAUUCACAAAUUCUCUACAGAAAGGUUGAUGAUGAUGUGAUUUCUAUUGAGUUAACAUUAACUUGCUUAAAUGUCAUAUUUUCCUUGCGUUCUAACUGCCAUUCACAGUUAAUGUUCCUUUUAAACUGUUAAUAUUUUAAAUAGUAUUUCUUGAGUGAUAAAUACAUCUUUCCCUUAAAAUUAUGCAUAUUCUUAGUUCCAUAAUAAUCUGCCCUGCUCACCCUUUUGCAUUCUAAAUGAUAGAAGAUCAGUGUCUUCAAGCUGAACCUCACUGAACGUCAGUGGUUUAAUAUGAAAGAUGCAUGCGUGGCUUUCACUUUGAACAUGUAUCAAGCAUCAGGAAUUUUCUGCUGGCAGUAGUGUUUUAUGUAAUUGGUUAUAGUCCACUCAGUUCUUCAGAGUGUUUUGUGCCUGUUGGGAGUUUGGUGAUUAUUUGGAAAGACGUCGUUUUUUAAAGAUUUAGAAAAAUUGUUUGCAAAAUGCUAACCAAAAUAUAAAUUCACUGAUGUCCAAUUCGAGUAAUUUGUCCUGGUUAAGUGGUCCUCUUCGUCUUCACUGUGUCUCUGUCCUUCCUCUAGAAUCUUCCCCAAAGCAAUCCAAGCCCAUCUUUUUUCCUUAUGUUCUUUGGUUACUAAUAGCUGGAUACAUUCAUGACUAUAGUUACCACAAA